UCGACUUUUGGCGAGUGUGGUUGCAAAAUAACAACAAAACAGCCCGAGAAAAAAUCGCAGUGUGCUUUGCGAUUUUUUUCUUUUUUUUCCUCCCUCACGUGAAAUUUACAACGAAAAAGGUGUAACGCUACCGUGCACGGUGCAGCUUGGGCCAUCUUCUCGGUCGGUGCUGCCCACUUCCGGCCGCCCGGAAGCGCUCCUAUCGGAAAUUACGCUGUAGAUAUUUUCGGACGGUGCACCACACCGUGUGUCUUGGAUAUCAACACAGUUGCAGCGCUCGAGUCGGUGGUGGCAUGAAGUGUUAAUCGAUAAAUCCGCGACGACGGGAUCAGGAUACUUCCGGUUUUAGAUUGCUGUGUUUUUGUUGUUGCGAAUUCGGAUUGGGAGUGAAAGUUGUGGCCCGUUUCGAGGUGGCGCCGUCGCCACCCCAAUUUUUUUUCCUUCUCCCAAGUGUUUGUUGUUGUUGUGAGCUGCAGUGGUGUGGAGCAAAAAACGCACACCAUCGUACCAAGUUGGACGUCCCGCCCCACGUUCCACCCUGCAAAAGACGAGCUUUGGUUCACGGUUUUUUUUUCGAAAAGAUCCAAGGACAUUGGCUUCGAUCGAAGUAGGCGAGUUGUGCUGUAGUAAAGGAUUAACGACCCUUCGUUUCUGAUAUCGGUUAAACGAGUAUUAAAACCGAAACAACACGGAACAGGUGAAUUCGGGAAAGCAUCUGCCGUCAGGUCGGAAAGGUGUAAACAAAGCAGAAGCUCUUUUAUCGUGUUGUGUAUUGGGCGCUUGUACUCAUCCCACAAAAAACAAACGAACAAAUUGGUAGCAGACGACUUGGAGAACGGGGGAGGCGACGGCUAGAUAACGAGAGAGCGCGCGUACCCCGCGCGAGAGGGAGAGAACAGCAGCGCCGCCACGCGGCGUCAAUCGCCACCAGCUGGCCAAACAAACAACCGACUCGGACCGACUCAAAACGAAAGUGAAUGUGAACGUGGUCGGGUCGCGAAAAAAAACGGUUCCGCGCGGGAAUCUGAAGAAGACAGAAAAAAUCGAGUGAUUUCAAAACAAAACAAAAAACGCUCCACCUUAAACCCUUGCUUGUGCUAGUUUGAUUGAUACUUUAAGGUGCAAAGUGUUUGACGAACGGCCGCCAUAUUGGAGCGGGUACGCGAGGCCAUGUUUAAAGUGACCAAAGCGACCGGGGCGUACGCCGCCCUGGUUUCCGUCGUGUCCGGAACAAUAAUGUGGUUCAACUUCCGGCCGCUGGGGCUUUUCUUCUGCUCGGCGCUGGCCGUGUUCUGGGCCCGCCAGUACGCCCACCUCCGGCUGCAGAUUUCGCCCCUGUUUGAGGAAAAGCUGCGCAACGGGGCCCGCCGCGCCCUGGAGCUGCGAGCUGCCCGGCCGGGUCUGUUCUGUGCGCUCAUUUCCGGCCUGCUGGUGCUGGUGGCCGUCAUCGGGCACGUGGUUUCCGCGCCGUACAUCGUCGUGACCCUGCUCGUGCUGUCCAUUGUGAUCUCGACCAAGUACGACAUCAAGAUCGUUGCCGAUCGUGAACCAGUUCCUUCGGCAUGCCUGCUGGACCAGGAGGUGGAGGAGUUUCUGCCGGAGAUCACGGAAGCGAACGCCAGCCUGCUGAAGCAGGUCGGCGAGGACGCGGACGUCAGUGCGGUGUACAAACCGGACAGUGCCACGGUUAGCGAGCGCCCGGGUGUGGAAGAGGAUGACGACGACGACACCUACUCGGACCUGCUGAUGCCCCAGAACAGUAUUAAGGAGCUGGAGGAAGCGGAAGAGGACCGCUCCUCGUCCAGCAGUGACGAGCUGUUGCUGGGCAGUGAGCCCCAGCAGGGCAAGGCCAUGGUUCCGGUUGCGCCGGAAGCUUCCGGCGAGAUUAGGUUUAAGAGUAGCCACUUUAACGCGAACACUUCCUCCGACUCGGACGACAGCAUCUCGCGGGGGUUGAGCUUCGACGACGUCCCGGACAGGGGCGUGGUCAAGCGGAAGUCCCACCACCAGCACCAGCCCGAGCAGGUUCGUCCUCAGCAGCAGGACCAGCUUGCGACGUUGGCCGGAAACCUGCUGACCAGCGGGAACCUGCUGAGCUACCUCACGACGGCCGUGUCGGCGGCGGCCAGUGCUUCCGCGAUGAGCCAAUCCCAGCCGGGUCCCGCUUCUAGUCACGGCUACGGCACGAGGCAACAGCCGCCGAACCGCAUGACGGUUUCGUCCUUGGCCGGCGGAAGUCGGCGGUCGUACGCGGCCGGGGACGAUUCCACCGACGAGGACGGCGACAGUGACUUUGAGAUGCUGAACCCGGACGAGCUGAACAACGUGUAAGACGCCCAGAGAGCAAGGUAUUUCUGAACACACUGCUUUCAGAUACAAUUAUGUUUUUAAAAAACUUUCUUUGAAACCAGCGAAUUCGGCUAUUCGGAUGGUCCGCUGAAAAUAUCUCUGACAAAUAAUGCAAAUUUAUAAAAUUUCCAUACCUUUAAAAAAAUCACUCAACCCUUUAUUCAAUCUGUGAUUUUCGAAAAUUUAAAUUUUCUGGCAGAAACUGCCCAGCGAUACCAGCUCACCACCACAUUGAAAAUGCUUCUUGUAAAUAAGUGUGUAUAUUAAAAAAAAUCCGACGCUCGCCCCACCCCGAAAGGUCCUUCCAACCGAGAAUGUUAGCAAAUGUGUUAGAUUUAGUCGCUUUCCCCACCCCUGUUUCAAACCGUAGACGUCAAAAUUUACACCUAAAAAAAGGCUUAGAUCUAAAAUUUCGGUCCUGCCGAUUAAGCGUGCAACGAACUGUCAAACUGAGGUUUGCAAAUUUCGCCGCGAGGUGGCUCCGACGAAACCAAGCAUGCAUGAAGCAAACUAGAAAUUCAGAAUCACUCGUGUGAACAAAAGUGGCUCUAGUUCUAGUCCCCAAACAGUCCUUUUGCAAGGGGUCGUUAACUUUUGCGAAUCGCCGCUAAAAUUUUGAAAAACAAAAACACAUUUAAAACAAUUAAAGUUGAUUGUUCGGAGGGUGCUCGAACAAGUAAAGUUGGUAGUUGGUAAGGAAAAUGUUCGACCAGUGCGUGUGCGUGAUGGAUCAACUUAAAAAAAAUAUUUAUUGAUAAACUAUGUGUGAUACGUUUUAUUAUACUCUGUAUACCCGUAACGAUUAUUGUGACGUAAACAAAAAAAACAAUGUGAAGAGUAAAAUCACUAAUAAUGAAACUUAGUAAAAAUGGUAAUCCCGAG